AUGGUGGCAACCUUCAAGAUCGCCGUGCUGGGAGCCCAGGGCGUGGGCAAGAGUGCCAUAGUCCGGCAGUUCCUCUACAACGAGUUCAGCGAGGUCUGCGUGCCCACCACGGCCCGCCGCGUCUACCUGCCCGCCGUCGUCAUGAACGGCCACGUCCACGACCUGCAGAUCAUGGACUUCCCCCCCAUCACCGCCUUCCCCGUCAACACCCUGCAG